AUGCCCAUCAUCGCACCACUCCAGCCCGUCGCCUCGCUGCGCGGCAGGCCAGCUGCAUUCCCUCCUGCACUCGCUCACCCUCCCCAGGCCUUCACAGGGCUGCACGCGGCAGCGGCAGCAGCAACAGCAGGGCGCCGAGCGGUGAGGGCGGCAGCAGCAUCGGCGGAGGAUAACGGGUCACUAAGGACCCAGCCAGGCCAGGAGCAGGGAGGGGAGGCGGGGGGCGAGGCGGGGGGCGAGGCGGGCGGCGAGGCGGACCCGGUGUUGGAGGAGGCGCGGCGGCGCAGGGCGGAGUGGCAGGCGCCGGCGCCGACGCGCGUGGAGGCGAUUCUCGACGUGCUGUUUGUGUUUGGCGGGCUGCUGGACCGCCCGUUCGGGUCGGGGCAGAGCAUCGCCGCGGCGGGGCGCGUGGUGCUCGCGCGCGUGGAGAAGGAGGUGCAGGCGCUCCGGCAGGAAGGCGAGGGCGGUGCCGCCGCCGCUGCUGCUGCUGCUCCUGUGCGCACUGGCGCGGCGGCUGUUCCGCGGAGUGGGAUGGAGGGUUUUGCGGCGGAGGGAGCAGCAGGGGGGGGUGGUGAAGGCGGGAAGAGGGGCGUGGUGAACCGGCUGCAGGUGCUGUUUGAGUUGACGCGGGUGGUGCAGCUGAUGGGAGUGGACAUGCAGAUGGUGGGCGCUGCUGUCAAGGAGGAGACGCUGCUGAAGCGACUUGAGGAAGCCAAGAGCCACUGCCAGCUGGCAAUGCGCCUCGCCAAUAGCCUGUGA